AUGUCUGCUCCCUUCUCCGACGUCUGCGCCUUGCGGUCCGUACACAACCCCUACCGGGUUCUCAUCGCCGGUGGCUGUUAUGCCGGCUUAGCGGCAGCUAUCAACUUAUUCCAAAGUUGCGACACAUUUGAUGACCCUAUUCCCCUUGACAUCACCAUCGUCGACGAGCGGGAUGGAUUCUACCACGUAAUCGGCUCGCCUCUCGCGCUGUCUUCAAAAAGCUACGCCGAGAAGGCCUGGGUCAAGUAUAAGGAUAUCCCGGUACUUCAGAGACCGGAUGUCCGGUUUGUGCACGGCAGCGUCAGCAAGAUCGACCCCGAGAGCAAGACGGCGACGAUCCUCGAAAAGCCUAACAAAACAGAACGCGCCGAGCUGUAUGAUUUCUUCAUUGCUGCUACUGGUCUCCGGCGAGUCUGGCCCGUGGUACCGCAGUCGCAGAGCCGGGAUGAGUAUCUUGAGGAGGCGGGUCGACACAUCGAUGCCGUGACUAAUAGCACUGCGCCGGUGUUAGUGGUUGGUGGAGGUGCUGUGGGUAUCGAGAUGGCAGCCGAGCUGAAAGAGACGCAACCAAAUGUCCAAGUCACGUUGGCCCACUCUCGCAGUAAGCUCCUAUCUGCGGAGCCACUCCCCGAUAAUGUCAAGGACUGCGCCCUUGAGUUGACAGAAGAGGCCAAAGUGAACGUGCUGCUGAACCAUAGACUGAAGAGCAGCACGCCCGUGACCAACGCGCAGGACGGCACCGUAGUCUACGAUGUCGAGUUCGAAAACGGCCACAAGAUGACCGCCAGCCAGGUCAUCAUGGCCGUCUCCCGCAGCGUGCCCUCGACCACCUACAUGCCCGCCGAGACACUCACAGAGGAGGGCUACGUCAACGUCUUGCCGACGCUGCAGUUGUCCUCGGACAAAAUCCCGAACGCGUUGUCUCACUUUGCCGUCGGCGACCUGAUCCACUGGUCCGGCAUCAAGCGCUGCGGCUCCGCCAUGCACCAGGGCAAGUUCGCCGGCCUGAACAUCCACCAGAUCAUCCUGCAGGAGAUCCAAGGCAAAGAGCCCGUCUUGAACAAGCUCGCCGAGACACCGCCGAUGAUCGGGCUCGCGGUCGGCAAGAACGCGCUUUCGUACGGUGGGGACGGCAUGAAGUACGGUACCCAGGUAAUGGAGUGGUUCUUCGAGGCGGAUCUCGGUUUCAGAAUUGUCUGGGAUCAUCUCCGUCUUGGGAUGUAAAUAAAAAAACCCAUAAAGAAGAAAGAAGAAACUAUGAUAUGUGCUUGGCUUUGGAUAUUAGGUGUAUCGGCGCAGAGGGAAAGACCCACGGUAGAUAAACUUGGAGCGUGUCUGCGUAGCGUUACAUGCCAUGCUAGAUACUGAUAGGUCCAUGAUAUGGCUCUAUGUACAUAAUGAUCAAUUUUCAUCAAAAGAAGUUCGUCGAGCGUAAAUAAGAUUGUACUUAGGUACAGCACAAUUACUGUAUAUUCAUUUCCAGUUAUCAUCUAGGUAUAUAGGUCCUCGUAUAUAUGUAUCAAUUCCUGCAAAUUUAGAGACCGAUUGAAAAAAGAAAAAAAAAAGAAUUAAAGAAAACAAAACGGCCGCCAACUUUUUCUCCCGCAAGUUCAAUUGUGUAUUGUACAACUCGAGCACGCACGUGAUCCGAUCCGAUUCGAUUCGAUUCCUACACCGACCCUCCUCUCCUCUCAUUCCUCUCAUUCUCUCAUUCUCUCAUCAUCAUUUUGCCUACCUCCCCACCCAUCUUACAACUUCGGCAUCAACCCCACCAACGUACCUCCAACCACCUUCUCGCUCUCAGCCAGCGGCGCGAGCUGGAAGAAGCGCU